GGGAGUUCUCCCUCCCUUCCCUCCUCCCUGUUUCUCUCCCUAUCUUCCCUCUCGCUCUCUUUCUCUCUCUCUCGCUCUCCCUAACUUUUCCUCGCUCUCCAUCUCCUCCCCCCCCUCCCCCUCCCCCUCUUUCUCCCUCCCCUUCUCUCUCCCUCCCCCCCCCUCUCUCUCUCUCUCUCCUCUUACCAGUUAACACUCGACGUCUCCUGUUCGUAGCCUAUGAGUUUCAUAUAGGCGUUUGCAUGCGGGCUGUCCUCCUGAACGUCCUCGGAAAGUGCAAGAUCGAAGAUUGAAACGUUUUUCUGAAGUGUGGGGUACUUACUGCGUUGGUAACCGCGCUCACGUGAAGGAAGGAAGGACCGCCAGGUGGUCUUUUUUCCGUUUCCCGCUCUCGGCGCACUCUGGGCUAAACACGACCGUUAAUUUUUAGGCGACGGCGACGGCUACGGCUACGUCUACGUUUCGCGCUUUGCGCUUUUUGCAGGCAGACGCAGGGAGGAUCUCAUAUUCCUUUUCGUAAUUCAGACACAGGAGUAAGAGGGAUAGAUUAGUACCGAACUUACCUCUCUCUCUCUCUCUCUCUCUCUGUGUCUGUGUUCGUCUUCUCGCACGCUGUCUGUCUUCCGCUUCCAACCUCCCCCUAAACUAUCAUUUCUCUCGGCUUCUCUCUCUCUCUCUCUCUCUCUCUCUGUGUGCGCGCGCGCGCGCCGCGUUUCUCCUCUGUCUCCCUCUGUCUGACUCUCUUUAUGUCUGUGCGUCGUCGUGGUCCACCGAGCGUGGUAGUGACUCUGUGUGAUGCGAGCGAUCAGUGCCUCUUUUGAGCGCAGGGUGAAUGAAAGUUGUCCAGGGUGUGUUGUGACUGGCCCGUUAGCUAAUCGGAUUACGGUGACAGAGACCGAGGAACGAGUGAGAUCGCCCGUUGGAAUCCGUGCGUACAUGGUGGGGGUCCGAAACUCUGAUUAAAUUACAGACUGAAGGCAGCGGUAGCGUUUCAAACGAGUUUGGUGCUCAUGUCCAUGUCUGUCUGUCUUUUCACGUGAUCGUUUGAUCAUCGGUCUUGUCUCGCCACGUGUCACUGUGUACAGUCUAGAGCGCUCUAGAUUGUCCAGGUUGGCGGGAAGAAGUCUCGGGUAAUCAGUGUACUGCGUACAUCGAUCGAUUAAUAUCUCGAUCAAUCAAUUAAUCAGUCAAUCAAUUAUCAAUUGAGCGAUUUACUGUAUUAUAUAGAGUAGUAAUAGAGUCGGGUUCGUAGUGAGGAGCAGCUAGCUGUAGCGUUUGAUGACCUGUGCGGUAGAGCGAAGAAGAAGAAUCAAUCAACCAAUCUAUUUUGACUAAUUAACCGACCAACCAACCAAUCAGCCAGUUCAACCAAUCAGUUAAUCAGUCUGUCAGUCAAUCGUCCAGUCAGCAGUUGCACCAAUCAGUCCGUCAGUCUAUCGUCUUGGACUAAUCAGCGUCUUACACUAAUCAGCAGUGUCUUAGACUAAUCAGCGUCUUGAUUAGUCUAAUCAGCGUCUUGAUUAGACUAAUCAGCGUCGUAGACUAAUCAGGCGACGACGCGUCGGAGUCUUUGUGAGAAGUACACCCGGAUCGAGUCAACCUCGGUGAUCAGGUUCCUAAAGAUGGCGAAGAGCUCAUUCAAGAAUGAGCAUGCCUUGGAGAAAAGGCAGGCAGAGGCAGCACGUAUUAGGGAGAAGUACCCGGAUCGAAUCCCGGUGAUCGUGGAGAAAGCGGAAAAGAGUGAUAUUCCGGAUAUAGACAAGAAGAAGUACCUGGUACCUGCGGAUUUAACAGUGGGGCAAUUUGUAUAUGUUAUCAGAAAGAGGAUUAAGUUGAGUCCGGAGAAGGCGAUCUUCAUAUUCGUGGAGAAUGUGCUUCCGCCAACGGCAGCCUUGAUGUCGGCGAUUUAUGAGGACCACAAGGACGGUGAUGGCUUUCUCUACAUCACGUACAGCGGGGAGAACACGUUUGGCGGGUAAUCGGGUGUGUCUUUUGGCGGGAAAGUGGACGGAAAGGCGGGAAACAUGAUAGCGCGGUGGGAAAUCGGAUGAAAAAAGGCGGGAAACAUGAUAGCGGGGUGGGAAAUCGGAUGAAAAGGCGGGAAACAUGAUAGCGCGGUGGGAAAUCGGAUGAAAAAAGGCGGGAAACAUGAUAGCGCGGCGGGAAAUCGGAAGAAAAAAGGCGGGAAACAAGUUGGCGACGAAUCAUGAAGGCGGGCGGGAGAAAGGAAAUGAUGAUGAUUCGAUGGGAGAGGUGGUCGGUAAAGAUGUCAUUGUGGCAUGAUGGAGGGAAACCGGCUGGCGGGAAAUCGGCUGGCGGGAAACAGUGUUUGAUAGGGUGCGGGAAACUCGUUUGGCGGGAAACAGUUGUUUGAUAGGUUUUGGGAUUAUAUUUUGGAGACGUAAGAAAUUUGGACAUCUACACUAUAGAGAUAUAUAUAUGACAAUAUGACAAUAUAUAUUUCUACAUACAUAUUUCUGCAUAGACGUCACAUCUUCCGCACAUCGUCAGGGUCAGCGGAGGAUGGUCAUGAUGUGGAAAUUUCUAUUCCGGUACGUGGACGGAACGUUCGUCCAUAUACAUCGUCAGGGUCAGCGGAGGACGGUCAUCAUGGUGCAGGUGGCCGAACGUUCCGCACACACACACACGCACACACGCACACACGCACACACGCACACACAUCUCUUUCAGUCGAGGUAAUUGUGGAAAUUUCUAUUCAUGAUGCACGUAUGUAUAUCACAGCGACUCUGUAAAGCUAAUGAAUCACACACACACACACACACACACACACACACACACGGGGAGAGAGAGAGAGAGAGAGAGAGAGAGAGAGAGGACAGAUGAUGAAGUUACCUUUGGUGAUGGAUGGCUCCGUCUUUGUGUUUGUGUCGAUUGCGGCGCGCGCGCGUUAGUGGACAAUUUCUGACAUCCGAGAUCGGUUGUGACCGUAUGGGUCGAAAAGGAGCAGCAGACGCUUCAUGCCUGAAAUCCCUUACGCAGUCGGGGACGAUUUCAAAUGCGCAGGAAGCACUUUCUUCCUCUACCCGUCUUCACCCCAAUAGAACGCCCGGUCAUUAAAGCUGUAUUUGGUGCAACUGGCAGUCUAGAUACAGUGAUAAUGACCGGGGGCGUUAUAUUCGGGCGAAGACGGGUAGUGCUGAUAUUGGUGGAAGCAUUCGUCGGAGUAUAGCUGCCGCGUCUUUCCUUCUGUCUAGGAACGAGGGGUUAUGUCUCCGUUUUCAUGGAUGAGGAGAGGAGAGAGGAGAGGGUAAGAGGUGGUACGGGGAGAGGGUGGAGGUAGUAGGGAGGGGAGAUGGUAGAGAGGAUUUCUUCUACAACGACUUGUUAUGGAAUUUACUAUGUUCUCUACCGUGAUAAGGGGGGGGGGAGGAGGUGAAAGGCCUGGAAUUGCUGAUGGUCCUUCGUAUGGGUAGAAGGGGUUGUGCUCCCGAGUACACCACACGCACAUCGGAUGAUUUGGCGACAUCUGGAAGCUGGUCAGCUCAAUAGCAUUGAUGAUGGGUCAUUGUGGAAGAGGGAAUGUGAAUGACGAAGAUGGCGUGGCAGCUUCCUCGAGCUCCAUUUGGCGGUUAAGAUUUAGUCCUGUUUGAAUGAAUGGGACGGGUGAUGAUGUGGCAGACAGCAUUUGCAAGGUCCACGUGGUGGUAAUGAGACCGGACCGGAAUGAAGGAGUAGUGCGUGUCAAUCUAUCACGAUGUCGAUCAAUUAAUCACUCAGGAUGUCGAUCAGUUAAUCAAUCAGGAUGUCGAUCAGUUAAUCAAUCAGGAUGUCAGGAUGGUGAUCAGUUAAUCAAUCAGGAUGUCAGGAUGGCGAUCAGUUAAUCAAUCAGGAUGUUGAUC